GUUUGAGUGGCGUUUACAGUAUAAUGGAUCAUUAUAAGCAUGAGAAAGUGAGGGCGGUUGAAUAUGUGUCAACUAUGCACAAAGCUAUGGAUGGUGUGGAGAACUUUGAUUAUUAUUCGCCGACAUCAUUACUCAAGAAAUUGAAUGAGGAUCAGUUGAAAAGAGUUCCUCCAGUGGUUUUGCUCCAUGGAACCAAUGACAUCAUAGUUCCCGUGGAAUCAUCAGUGAAGUUCUCGGAGCUCCUCACUGCCCUUUCCAUCAGGAUGUCUCUCUAUCUAAUACCUAAAAUGAACCACACUGAGAUGGUCACUGACCUUAUGGCUCCAGACAGGCACUUUUACCACACUGUUUAUGGCUGUAUUAAACAGGAGUACAGUAAAUUUCAAGGUUAUGUUGAUUAAUAUUUUUCAUUCAAUUCAGUACUAAUUUCAUUUUCCAGUAUGCCAGACAGUCAUUAUUUGUUCUUUAUGAUUUUACUGAAAGUUUACAUUUAAGUUCUAAUGAUUUGUUUUCUUCUGAAAUGUUUAAUUUUCGAUCAAAAAUGUGUUCAAUAACCCAUUAUACAAGAUAGCAAGGUGAAAGAAAACAUAAUAUUAUCUCUGUGCUUGUUAUCUGUUAAUAAAUUCUGUUAAUGUUCAAUGAAAUGUAAAAAAGAAGAGAUUGUUCCAAUUAAGAAUAUACAACAUAUUUUCGUGUUUGAAAUGUAAUAUGGAUGGAGAAAUUCUUAUUUUGCAUUUUU